UGCAAAAUUAAAAUGGCCGCGACACCAGACAGAUCAGACAUGCAACAGUAGUCAGUCUUAUUCACCGGUGAUCCACCGAAAUAAUCUCACAGAUAACCCCGACAAAUAAAAAAAAAUCAAGCCCCCUGGAUGAUUAAAUAGAGUGACAGUGUCCAAGUGGUGACAGAAUUUUCUCAGUGAAAAAAAAAAAAGUGCUGGAUUUUUGUUGCAGUGAAAGCUGGAAGUCUCCUCUGAACAAACAGCAGACGAGGAUCUCGAGCUCCAGUUCCCCGAAGUCUCGCGAUGGACUCGUUGCCAAAUUCGCCAUCAUCACCAAUGAGCUGCCCCGACAUCUGAAUCCUCAAAAAAAUAAAAAUGCGGGAGAUAUCCUCAGUGAUCCCCAGGUCCCCUGGGGUCUAAAUCCUCCGGAAAUAGAGAAAUGUUAAAAGACUGCAAUCAUUUUUGACUGAGGAAAAUAAUAAAAAUUUAGAAUAAAAAUGUCAUUCCUGUCGAACUUGAAGAAGGCAUUCCACUUCGGUGGCAAUGACGCCAAGAAGAAGAAGCUCUACAACAACAUCAAAAUGGACUGUGAUCCCACGGAGUUCUGGGAAAUGGUUGGAGAACUUGGAGAUGGAGCUUUUGGUAGAGUUUAUAAAGCCCAGAACAAGCAGACGCAGCAGCUGGCUGCUGCCAAGAUGUGUGCACUAGAGGGUGAGGAUGAUCUCAGUGAUUUCAUGAUUGAGAUUGACAUUCUCUCGGAAUUCAAGCAUCCCAAUGUCGUGGAACUCCAUGAGGCGUAUUUCGAUGAUGGAAAACUCUGGAUGCUGAUUGAGUACUGCGAUGGAGGUGCUGUCGAUUCUAUCAUGGGAGAGCUGGAGAAACCCCUCACUGAGCCCCAGAUUGCUUAUGUAUGUCAACAGAUGACGGAGGGGCUGGCGUUUCUCCACAAGGCCAGGGUCAUCCACAGGGAUCUCAAGGCAGGAAAUGUUCUCCUCACUAUGGCUGGUGGAGUCAAAUUGGCUGAUUUUGGAGUUUCUGCGAAGAAUAAACACACUCUGCAGAAGCACGACACCUUUAUCGGCACUCCUUACUGGAUGGCACCGGAAGUUGUCCUAUGUGAAACGUUCCGGGAUAAUCCCUACGAUUUCAAGGUGGACAUUUGGUCCCUGGGUAUAACCCUGAUAGAAUUCGCCCAGAUGGAUCCCCCGAAUCACGAGAUGUCGCCGAUGCGAGUUCUCCUAAAAAUCCAGAAGAGCGAUCCCCCGAAGCUGGAGCACCCUGGAAAAUGGAGCAAAGACUUCAACGACUUCAUAGCCAAAGCCCUGGUAAAAGAUCCAGCAUCCCGACCAACGACUGAUGAACUCUUGAAGCAUCCAUUCGUGAACCGAAGUCUCGACUCAAAGUCCAUCAGAGAUCUCUUGCUGGAGUACAAAGCAGAUGUCGUCGAGGAGGAGCUCGUCGACGAUGAGGCAGAAGAGCAGCGCACGUCGCAGCUACCCCUGGAGCUGGACCAACUCGGAGAUGACUCUACAUCUAUGCGCAGCGACACUGAAAUUAAAAUUGCAGAUAAGGAAGGUGUGUCGCCCGAGCAGCCCAAUAAGGAGGAGAGCAAUAAACGUGAGAUAAAUCGUGAGGGCGAGAAAGAGGAGAAGAGCAAGAAGCUCCGGAAAACGGACUCCAGGGAAAAUAUUCCAUUGUCUGUUGAGAAAAAGCAUGCACCAAAACCUCCACCAUCGAGCGACACAAGUGAACGACGUGGCUCCCGGGAGAAAGGUCCAGCCCCACCACCUCCAGCUGUUCGUCAGAGCAGUAAAAAUGAAGAGGAAAAGCCCAGUGCCAUGGAAAUCGCGUCUUCACCGAGGGACGAGGAGCCCUUGGAGAAGCCCCAGACGCCUGAGAAUCAUAUGCCCCCCACAACGUUGUCUUCAAGUCCUAAAAAAUCACCAGAGAAAGCUCAGGAUGAGGUGAAAAUCUCUGAAAAUGUACCGAUCAGGCCGAAAUCCACUGAUGUUAAUAAAAUGAUCAAGAACCAGAUGAGCCUGGAGGAGAAGAGGAAGUCUGCACCACCAAAACCUGAGGCUUGCGACGACAAAAAGUCGAGUUAUCAUAAGCAAACCUCGCUCGAGGAAAAGAAGGGAUCAGCGGAUCGUCCUCGCAUGGAGAAGCAGCCAGACCGCAAAUCCCUGGAGUCAAAGCGUCGCUCAGUCGAGGAGAAGUUGAAUGCAGUCCUUGAGAAACGAAUAUCAAUGGCUCCUGAGAAUUUUCCGGAUGCGAAAAAGCCCACCGAGAAGCCCCUGAAAUCGCUCUCCACCGAGAACAUUCAAUCGUACCCCUCGAAGACUGAAAUAACGAAGAGCAGAAGUGUGGAUUCCUCCCGUGGUGAUUCCCUAGAUUUUGUCCCGGCAGUCCAGGACACAGUGGACAGAAGUUCAAGACCUCUGAACGUCUCAGUGAUAACAUCAACACCCUUGAGAAGUCGCAGCAAAUCCCGUGACAAUGAUGUCGUGGUGAUAACAAAAACUCCAGAGGUGGAUCAGCGUUCGUCAUCGACGACAGUUCGAAUAACUUCCGACUCUCCCGACCCCUCCAACAGUCUGGCCUCGAACAUCAGUCAAGUGACAGUCGUGACGACUCAUCCUCCAGUGCUGAUCGAUGCAGCAUCUACCCCACCUCCGAGGAGGACAUCCCCAACGUCAGAGGUGGUGAUAGUGGCAAAUGAGACGAAUAAAACUCAAGUGAAUGAGUCAUCCACUGACGACGAUGGUUUCACGAGUCUCGACUCCUUGGAGUACACACCCCAGGAGCAGCCAAUUGUUAUCACAGACAGUCCCAAGUGCAUUGGAAAGAAGUUGGAUGAAUCAGAGGUGGUAAUAGUGACUCCCAUAGUGGAUGAACUGGCAGAUACGAGUCAUGUGUCAGUGGUGACAGUUGGUGAUGAGAGGGAGCAGGUGAAGGACUCAUCGAUGAUGAGCAAGAGGAGUGUCGUGAGAUCAGGCUCGUCCCACAGUGAUCUCAGCUGCGAGAGACUGAGCUCCAAGAGUGAUAGUGGAGACGAGACAAGAAUGAUCGUCAAAGGAACGACUGUCGAGGCUACAGACGUCGACGACAUCCUCGUCGCUAAGAGGAUGAAUGGCCAGGUGAGGAGGGAUAAUCAAGCCAAGAGCAGGGAGAUUAAAAAAGAGAAGAGGGUAUCGGAUAGUUACGAGGGAUCAAGGUCUCACAGUGACUCAGGCUCCACGAGAUCUCAUACCCCGAAUAAGAGCAUCGACAGGUCUGAUGCUGAAUCCAUAUCUACGACCAUCAGUCAGGACAGCAGGGGCUCCAAUAAAGAAAAUCACGUGGGUAGUCGACCCGCUGAGGUCGAUGACGAGGUGGUGCUGAGGAGAAAACCUGAUUACACGAGGGAAGUUCCCAGGACUCAUCGAACUAAAGAGGACAUUCAGAUGAUAAAUCUGAAGAAGAAAACGAGAAAGCGCACCAGAAAAUUUGAGAUCGAUGGAGUUGUUGUGACAACGACGACCUCCAAAGUGAUUUAUGGGGAUGACGAGAAUGGUCGUGUUUAUGAUGAUCAGAUAUUCAGGAAGCAGGAGCUGAGGGAGCUGAAGAUGCUUCAGAAGAUGGAGCAGAAGCAGUUUCAGGAUUUGACGCAGAAGGCGCAGUUCAUGAAGGACCAGCAGGAGAAGAAGUUCGAGCAGGAGAGACAGGGGCUGGAGAGAACAGCUGAGGGGGAUCUCGAUGGUCUUGGUAGACAACAGAGACAGCAGAUCGAGAGGGCUGAGGCCCAACAGGAGGCUGAUCUCAGAUUGGCUUCCAAGAAAAUAAGGGGCGAACAGGAGAGGGAGUUGAAGCAAUUCAGGGAGGGAUUGAAGCAGGAGUUGAGGCUGUUGAAGCAGGAGGUGGAUCUCAUGCCCAAGGAGAAGAGGAAGAGUGCUUUUAAGGCGAGAAAGGAGAAGCUCGAGGGGGAGCACGAGGAGAGGGAAAAGUUAUUUAUGGAGAAGCUCAAUGAGAAUCAUGAGACAUCUCUGAGGAGACUCUCUGAUUCUCACAGGGAGAAGAUUGCACUUAUGGAGCGACAGUUCUUACAGCAGAAGCAGCAGCUCAUGAGGGCAAGGGAGUCUGCUAUCUGGGAGCAGGAGGAGAGACAGAUUCACGAGAGGCAGCAGCUCCUCAAGAGACAGCUCAAGGAUAUUUUCUUUCUGCAGAGACACCAGAUGCUCAUCAGGCAUGAGAAGGAGCUCGAGCAGAUGAAAAGGAUGAACCUCAGGAAAGAGGAGGAGUUGAUCAAGAGGCAGACUGUUGAGAGGAGAAAUUUACCCAAGAGGAUUAGGAAUGAGAUGAAGGCAAGGGAGGCUAUGUUCAGGGAGUCCAUGAGAAUUUCAACGUUGAAUGUACUCAUUUCUGCUCCUGAUGCUGAAAGGGAGAAACUCAAGAAGUUUCAGGAGGACGAGAAGAAGAGGUACAGGGCUGAACAGCAGAGGUUUGAAUUGAAACACAGCAGACAGCUGGAGGAAGUCAGGGCACAGAGUGAUGCUACUAUUAAGGAGCUUGAGCAACUCCAGAAUGAAAAGAGAAAAAUGCUCAUGGAGUACGAGACGAUGAAGCUCAAGGAGCAGGAGGAAGCCUACAGCAAGGAGCUCAAGGAGUGGAAGGCUCAUUUGAAACCUCGUAAACAGCGAUUGGAGGAGCAAUUUGCUCAACAGCUGGAGGAACAAGAGGCGAUAUUUGGUCCAAGUGCAAUGCCCCUGUGUCUUCCCUCAGACCUUCCAGACUUGACUCAUCACACAGCUGGUUCAACAAGAAGUUCCCUCUCCUCAGACUCGCUCCAAUCUACGUCACGUCGUUCCUCCCUGCAUCAAAGAUUUUUCCUUUGAUGGCCUCCAAUAUUUCUUUCUUCGAGGAUGUUCUCGACAGUUUAUUUGUAUAGAUGUAUCGUUAGAUCCGUAGAUCCGUGGAAUUAUUGGAAUAAUCAAUUACCCGGCAAGUAUAUUUGUACAAAUUACAAAAAAUCACGUCGGAAAUCCGCCCAAUUCAAUGUUUUUGUAGUUAUUACAUAAUGGCAUGUACUUUACAUUAUCUCAAACAUCGAAAACAAUUUCAUUGCAAUUGAGAAAAAGUUUUUUGAUUCUCAGCGAUUUUUCGAUACUACCAACGAAAUUUAUGGAUUUUAGAAAUUUUUACAAUUCUAGAAUUUUUCUUAAAUAUAGAAAACAUUUAUUCAGAUUCGCAAAAAUUUGUUUUGUAUGUUCUUCAUUCCAGAAAAUUGAUUGUUGAGUCCAGAAAAUGUUUUCUGGAAUCAACAAAUUUUUUUUUCGAGAAAAAUAGAAAGUUUCGACGAGAGAAUGAAAAUUUUUUUGUGAAAAUCAAGAAACUUAUUCUCUCGGUGAGAAAUUGAUCCGCAAACCUGCCGAUUUUAUACGAAAUUCAAUAUAAAUUUGAAGUAAAUUCGAAUGAUCGUACAGGAAUAUAGAUUUUACUGAAAAUAUCGUCACAUAAUCAAUGAAAUUAUCUAGAAUCUCCUGCGUAGAGCAGUUGGAGAGAACUGUCACUCUUCCACUGAAUUCCACGUAUAAAAAACUAUAAAUUUGUGUAAAUAAUCGACCAAUUGAACGAAUCCUCAACAGUUGAAAUCUUCGAUUCAAUAAUUAGGAAGUAAUGGUUUUGAUAAAAACCCAUGUCGAGCGUUCUUCCAUCCUGUUUUGAAGUAAAUAUAUUUUUCUCCCAUUUCCGUUGGCAAAUAAUCAAACAGGAAAUGGUUAUUGCGGUGACUUCACCGAUGGCAUUAAAAAUUUCAAACCAAAUAUCGAAAAUCAAUUGGAACUGAAGUUGAAACUCUCAUCGCGUUACCUCUGCAAUGAAUGCUCUAAUUAAUUUGAAGUUUACUCCAUUCCACUGAAUUUUCUGUAUUAAUCUCGAUGGAGUCGUCUCGUCAAUUCUUCCCUUAUCAUAGACUUUAGUUUUGUAUAUUUAUAUCCUCGUGGGGAGGACUGUUGCUGUUAUUUCCUUUUCUCAAAGCAAUCGCAGAGAAAAAACUACUCUUCACGGAGAUAAUUCAUUCACACAAGAAAAUUUCUCCUCUUCAGGAAAAGUAGUUUUUUGUUCUUUUGAUGGAUCAAAGUAGAUUGGAUUCUGCUGAUUAAUGUUAGACAGACCCCAGAGGUCUUUGAUAAAUCGAACAAUGUUUAUUGUAUUGUUACUCUUGUACAUAAAUCAUUUCAGCCGAAAUGUACAGCUGAAAAUUUUGUAAAGGACUUAGUUGAGCUGUUGUGCUUAUCUAAUAUUUUCUGCUGUUUUGCCAGGACGAAUGGAGUUAUUGGGAAUUAACUGAUUCAUUCGUCUUUGUGCUUUUUUUUCAGCACAAUGGUGUACCAUGUUAUUAUUAUUAAUUAUUAUUAAUCACUGAUGAAUUGUGCGUGAGGAAAAUUGUGAAAAUGGAGAGAGUGAGAUUGAUUUUGUUCGGGGGGAUAUUGUUUCUCUGGUUCUUCAGUUGCUGAGAUUCGAGGAUGAAUGGGAAAUUAUAAUGUAACAUAGAGUUAUGGAAUAUUAUAAUAACUUGCUCAGAACUGGAUACAAUUAUAAGUUCGACAUUAUUCAAUUUAUUUCAAUAAAUUUCUUAUUAAUUUCGAGGUAUUAUCAUGUUACGAAGAGAAGAGUAAUAAAUAUUUUAAUGCUA